AUGUCUACAGGAUUUUCACCUCAUAAUAUGUUGGAGUGUAAAAGUCCCCAAGAGCUACAGAGAUUUGCAGAUAAAAAUAUCCGCCCUGCCUCUGGUCAUCUGAGCACUGCAUGUGUGGCUGAAAUUGGGGUCCUGUUCAAGUUGAUCCAGGAUUGCUUUCCGGUGCCGGCCUCCCGAGUGAUCCAGGGUGGUUCUUAUAUAAAGGGGACUGACACCCAAGGAUGCUCAGAGAUUGACAUCGUGUUGUUCAGUGAUGUGUUUGCCAAUGUGAACCAUUGCAAAAAACAACUGCGAGAAGCUCUGGAUGCUCUGAGGGAAAACUUAAAGCAAACAUCACGUGGAAACAGGAUCCUAAUGGGAAAGAGAGCACCAUUGUCUUUAAGAUUCAAUUUUUUAUGUACUGAAGGUCUUCACAAUCAUUCUUUUGAGAUCAUGGCCUGCUAUGAUGUCCUGGGGCAUGCACCCUCCACAGAUUUAAAACACCUUUACCGCAAACUGUAUCUCUGUAACGACAGUGACUCAGCACAGCUGUGUGCCUUGGCCCUCUUGCCGUACCAAGUGGAUUUUGUCAAGGCAUCUGUGGUGAGGGUGAAGGAGCUCAUUCGUUUAAUGAUACAUUGGUUCAAGACGUCAUUUGCCAAGUCCACCGAGGAAAAUAAGUAUGUAACCAGCACAUGGGCACCAUGUGAGCCUUCCUCUUUUCAUAUCCCUUUCCUUUAUACUUCCAGGCCCCACCUCUUACCUUGGUAG